ACCCCUCGUCGAAUCUCGUAUCUGUGCGGGCGCAGUCCGCGCUUAUCGUGGCGAUAAGUUAAGGUUAUGUUUACGUCCGUGGCUUGCUCGAGAGAAAAUAGGUUUGUUCCUUGCGGCUUGAUAAUUUAUGUACACUCUUGUGUCGCAAUGUAAAAAUAAAAUAGAAGUUUGGCGAAAGCGAGAAGAGUUUUAGAGCGCGAGUCCGGCAGGACGGCGAGGAGGAGCGGAUCGCCUGAUCGUGGCCUCUCGAAGAGAUCGACGACGGAGAAGGUCAUGGAGUCGUUGCGCGUGUUUCACGACUUCAAGCUGCACGCCCUCGACGAGGGCUGGAUCAGGUCGAUCUGGGACGCCGAGUUCGUCGUCUACGACGAUCCGCCCGGCGGGGGCGGCCUCGAGUACCUCGAGAGCGACGGCGCGAGGCGGCUGCUGCGCGAGUCCCGCCGCGUCCUGAAGACGUGGCUCACCGCGAACGAGGAGCUGCGGGAGAGCCAUGCCGAGUUCUCGUGGCAGGCCCUGAUGAUACUCGACAUCAACGUGCGCGGUCUGCUCGCCAUGCUCGGCUACGUGAUGAAGGCGGGCCAGCAGCACGCCGAGACCGACGAGGAGUCCAGGCAGGCCUGCCUGGAGGCGACGAGCCUUUACCUCAUGCUCCUCACGAUACCCGGCAGCAACGCGUUCGGAGUCUACCAUCCGAACUUGUACCAGCGUGCGAUCGAGACGCUGAAGAUGUCGGAGAGCCUGUUCCCCGCCGUGGAGAGCGGCGGCAGGCGCGUCGCGGACGCCGCGAGUUCCGGCGCGUGCGACGACGAAUUCUCGGAGCGCAACGGUCUGCUGCACCCCGAGAGAUCGAGGCUCGCGCGGGGGCUGGACAGGAUUGUCUCCGAUCUCGUUGCGAUGCUGAAGUCCUUUCGCCUCAAGGAGCACGCCGAGUCCCUGGACGUCACGAUACGCACGCUGCUGGACAUCACGAGGCUGGAGAUGCACGCCAGGGUGUCUGCUCGCGGCGGCUACGGAGCGUCCCUGCCGCGGAGCGCGUUCGCGGCCCUGCAGGAGCUGUGCAGCAGCAAUCACGGGACCGUCGCCCUGACCGUGAUGCUGAUCGCGCAGUACAUGCUGCCCGAUCUGCUGUUCCACCACGCGAACGCGCAACCGAAGUCCAUCGCCGUCGUGCACGAGGCGGCUAUAUAUUUUCUGAAGAAUUUGUCAAAGGUACACGAGCAGGAGGCCAGGCAGGGCAUCGUGACCCUGAUACACCAGCUGAUGGCGAAAUGCCCGGAGAGACUGGAGGGACGUCAGAGGCAAGCGGCUGUCAUAAUGAAAUUGUUGAAUAUAUGUAACAGGGACAUUAUCGUGGGCGUUUUCGGGGACAUAAUAUUAUUCUCGCACAGCGGCAGGAUAUCCUGCAGAUUAUUCGCGCAGGAGAUUAUAGGAAAGAUCUUGACGGAAUCCUCUCUGUCGAACGACGAUUUGGACAACGAUAUCAAGAUGAAGAUGAGGAGGAUCUUGCUGGGCAUCGUAUCGUCCCGCUGUACGGAUCGUUCCGCCCUAGUGAGGGGAAAGGCCAUGGCGACGCUCGCUUCGUUCUCCGAUUGCAGCGACGACGCCGACCGCAGCAUUCUCAGAGGCAUGUUCGAAGCUUCCGCCGCGGAUAAAACGUUUCCCACGCUCGACGAGCUGAAGGGAGCUCUCCUGGAGGACGUCGAUCCGUUGCCAGGCUCGACCGCUCUGGUCGCGCUGCUGCUGGAGCGAGUCAAUGACGAGCGAGCGCUGGUGCGACGGAGCGCGUUGAAGAUCUCGAGGAAUCUGGCCGUCAUGUUCCCGCCGCUCGUGGGCAAGCUGGUGCACGUGAUAAGCGAUCGCUGCCGAGAUCUCACCCUGACCGUGCGCCAGUUCGCCGUGCACGUCCUGUCCGAGAUCCUGCAGCAGUUCCCGCACGACUCGAGCCUCCUCGACGAGUGGAUACGGGCCGUCGUGCCGCAGAUAUACGACAUCGACGCCAAGGUGCAGGAAAAGGUGCUCGAGUGCCUGGGAAACGUGUUGAUACACCGAAUAACGAGCGCCACCGCGUACGUCUCGGACCCGGCGAGCAGCCUGCCGUGGCGGAUCCUGGACAGACUGAGCAACAUGCGGAUGAGGAAACACCUGUCGAAGGCCUGCAGCCUGUGGGUGAAGAACGGCGCCAUCACCAGGACCAUGGUAUCGAAUUUGCAGUCGCACGUCGGCACGGACAACAAUAUAGGCGCGUGGAUACUGCUGGCCGCUCUGGCCGAGAACAUGAGGAUUCCGUGUGUGGAUAAGUAUAUCGCGGACUACAAGGAGGUCGUUCAGAAGAACGACUUCCACGCGAGUCUGGUCUUGCACGUUCUGAGGCACGCCUGGCCCGUCCUGGAUCGCGACUGCCUCGAGGACCUCUAUCAGCAUCUCUACAAGUGCAUUCGCCGCUUCGAGAUCAAUUUUAACUCGGUCAGCAUCUGCCUGGACAUUCUGAACGGUGUGUCGCGACACUUACACGCCGACCGGAGCGGCCACGUGAUAGAAUCGGACAUGGUGGAACUGAUGAGGCUGUCGGAGGCGGAGAUCGAAAACUUGCUGGAGGAGAACGAGAGCUGCGGGACACGGUUCACGCAGGACACGGUGAAGAUGCGAGUUGUAUGCACGCUGGGCCACGCGUCGCUUUUCUGCACCAACAGGAUUUCAUGGUCGACCUUGCGUAUACUCGAGAGGCUACUGUUGCAAUGGGAAUCGCUGCCGGACACGGUGAGGGGGAUGAAGGACCUGCAGGCGUCCGCGGUGGUCCUGCUCUGUCAGCAGGCGCUGCGGGAUCGCGAGGUCGCGAAGGAGGUCACGCCGAUACUCGGCAACGUGAUGCGCCAGGAGACGAACUCGCUGGUGAGGACCGCGGUCAAGAUAAACGCCGCGAAAGCGUUGGCCGACAUAUGCGUGAGAUUCACCGCCCUGGUGGAGCCGUACCUGCCCGAUCUGUGCAUCAGCAUGAAGGACCCGAAUCCGGCCGUGAGGGAGGCGAUAGUGGUGAUAUUCAUUGAGCUGUUGCUGGAGGAUUUUAUCAAGAUGAAGGGACCGUUUUUCUUUCACAUACUGACGAUGCUGUCGGACACGAACAGCAUGAUACGCGAGUUGACGAUCUUCCUGGUGGAGGAGAGACUCUUAAUGAAGAACAAGACUCUGAUUUCCCAUCAGUUUCUGGAGAGCAUAUAUCAUUACAACAAUUACCGCGAUACUUCCCGCAGCGCGUUCUGUGGACACAGAAUGCACGAUCAGGAGCGGAAGCUUCUGACGCUGCCCGGAAGAGCGAAUCAGAACAAACGUAACGUCAUUUACGAAUUUAUGCUCGAACACUUGGACGUGUCGGCGAAAUCUGAAUUAGUUAUCAAGCUGACCAAGUAUAUACUUCGCGAGAUGUGCGACGAGAGUUCCAUCGACAUUACGACCGAGGAGGGUGCGUGCGUCUUGAGGGACGCGAUGUUCAUAAUGAGCAAUAAUCGUCUGCAACUGUCGUCUCUUGGCGAGAAGCACAAGGACGACACGCCGGAGCUCGAUGAAACAAUCCCGACUCCGUCAUCGGGUACGCCUAACAACAACGCCUUGAAUGCCGUUGUAGCGGCGCUGAAGAAACACAACUUGGACAGUUUAUUACCCACGUUAAUUACGCUUAAGAAGAAAAUGGCAGCACUGAAGUCUCCCCUGGAGGACGACGUGGCUAGUCUGCUGUUCAAGAUUUACUCGGAAUUUGAGAAGGAGCAGCUGGUCGGUUUGCUAAACGAGUACCCUCAAUUGGAAAAAGAAAUGGAUCUUUAUCAACGGAGACUGAGAGACAAAAUUAAUUCGGAAAGCGAUGACGGCAAAAGUAUUAAUUCGUCGCCCAGUGUGAGUCACAAGGACAUGCAGGCGCAGGCUAAGCAAGCGGUACCCCGAGUUCUACUCCGUCGUAUUUCAUCCUCGAUGAUAUCGCGUUACAAGAGUAAUGAAUCGCUGAACUCCGAUAAUUGCUUGCAGACGACACCAUCUUACGACGCGUUAAUUAAAAGUCCGCAGCUGGAGAGAUUGUUGCUGAUACAAACGCCACCUCCAGAGCCGAACUUUUGUACCAGCACGCCUAUAUCGUCGCGAAAUUCGCGUCCAAGUUCGCGUGCCAGCGAUUCUUCCGCACGAGGAAAAAAAAGGUCGUCGAGCGAGCGAGAAAUAUCGCCGGAUAUUUCCCGACGUAAAAUUCGUAGGGACAGCGAACUGACUGACGAUUAACGACGGACUUUGUGAUCUCAGUUUUCGAACGUCACGUUCACGAAAAAAAAUCUAUGUACAAAUCU